AUGAACAAUACACGCAGCAAGGUUCGAUACAGUCGAGCUCCUUCUCCUCCCGGUUUGGAGGAAGCGAUUUCCGAUGGUACCGUCAAAGCUAAAGGAAAAUCUUCGAGCCACGCCGAAAAGGUGUUUGAGGAAGUCUGCAACACCGAUAGCGAGACGGAUGAGGAUUCGACAAUCUCGGACAUCGGAGAACUAUUCAACAAGGCUCGCCAUUUGUUGUGCCCCACAGCAUUCCACCGCCAAAUCACCUACUUGUAUGCCGAGAGAAAGCUGAUGGUCUUCUUCUUGGUCCACCUUGUCAGCACUUUGGUCAUUUGGUCCCACUUUGCACUUCGAAAGCUUGAUGUUCAACUCGCAAACGUUCCGGAAACUGCCAACCGAUACUGGUGGAAAAUCAUUGCACCCCCACUCGAGUUUGGCUCCAUGCAUGCCAUUCUAUUCCAAAUGUCCUUGAUUCCAUUGACCAUGGCACGUUAUACCAUCAGUAGCUUGUGUGACUCCUUUCUGGGUAAAAUCUUGCCCUUGAACCGAAGCCUCCGAAUGCACAUUCACCUCGGAUAUACCAUGAUCACCAUUGUCUUUUGGGCCGUCAUUUUCUUCUUUGUCUUCUUUGGAGUACUCUGUUCCGACGGCGAGCAAGCCUUUUGCGAAAAGUUCACUGAAGAAAUCAUGAUUACGGGAUACUGCAUCUUGGCAUUCUUGCUUCUGGUGGGAUUGACAUCUUACUUUCGGCAUUCUAUUCCCUACGAAAUUUUCUACGCCCUUCACCAUGCCGUCUUCAUCAUGUACUUUGUGACCAUUGCUCAUACUUUGGAUAUCGAAGCAAGAACCGUAAAGGAAAGAAGCCAGACUUUCAAGUGGUUCACUUCAACCUUGCUGUUCUACUUUUGUGACCGUGCGGCCAUGCAUUUGAAUCACAAGUACCAGACCAAAGUUACAGGUUCUUCCACUGUGGCAGGGACCAACGGAUCUCGAAUGAUCAUUCUCAAGCUCAAGAAACCAAUCCUCUUUCAGUUCAAAGCUGGACAAUACGCCUGCUUGCGCAUUGAUGAUAUUGACAACCACUGGCAUCCUUUUUCGAUUGCUUCGAGUCCAAACGCAGAAGAACUCGAGUUUUACAUUGAAGUCCAUGGAAAGAAGAAAUCAUGGACAAUCCAACUAUGGGAUAUGCUGAGCGAAGAAAAAGAUAUCAGCAACAUUCGCAAGUUUGUCGAAGUCAUGGGCCCUUACGGAACCUCUCUCGCAAAAACUGAAGAGUACUCUCAUAUUCUGUCCCUCGGGUCAGGUACUGGCAUCGUCCCCGUCUUGAGUCUCUUCAAGCAACAUGUCCGAAAGAUGCUAUCCCUCGAUCCAAUAAGAUACCUCCAGGAGCUAGAACAUCGAGAGAUAAGACUCAAUAGAGUCCAACUUGAAAUGGACAAGAGAAAGGGGUGCAUCGCGAAGAAAGUUUAUGCCAUCUGCCGAUCUAACCAACAAGUUGUCAUUGGCAACCAAGACAAACUCGAAGCUUCCAUCCGCAAGGACCUUAUCCGACACGACGAGCUCUUCAACUUAUCAGACAUUCGAACCAAUAUGGCCGGGCUCAGAAAGAAGGCCGACCAAUCUACUCGCUCACUUUACGGCAUCGUCUUGCUUUGCUUGGCUCCCGUGUUUGGAGUGGUCGUCCUCGGGCUGACUAUUUCUUGGAACACCACGGAAGUCGAUCUUGCACCGGGGAUGUUCGUUGCACUUGAAGUCAUCACAGUCCUCUUCCAGGCGAUUUUUGGUUUUGCGUCUCUGUGCGUAUGGGAUUCUACUUCAAUAUCCAACUAUAUCGAUCUUGUCUUCUGCCUCGUCGCUCCCUUUGCUGACUGGUACUGGUUCAUUGUCUACGAACUCAGAGGAGCCAAACUGAGCCCCGACGAAGUCAUCCUUGCUUCAAUCUUCCACGGAUACAUGACCUUGCGUCUAUGGAGUCGUGCUGUCAGUCCUCGCCAUAAGACGUGGAAGAAGCAUGUCGAUGCUACUGGUUCUGCUGCUGCCAAUCUGAACUGUCUUGAAAUGAUUUGGACUACCCGAUCAGCGUCGCAAGCAUCCAAAAUUCUCCCCGACAUCCUCUCGCACUACAACGCCCUGGUCGCUGCCUGGGGCUCCCACAACGCUCAUAAAGUCUGCCGCGUUUCAGUAUAUGUCACUGAUCCGGAUCUCUAUGCCUGUACCUUAUUGGACCAAGAGUUUGGAUCGUGUGGAAUCAAGAUAAUCUAUGGUCGCUUGGAUAUUCCACGUUCGAUUCAGGACCAUACGCUCCGCAUGAUUGAUAGCCACAGGAGAUCCUACUCGCUUUUGGCCUUUUGUGGCUCUCCAAAGCUGGCUCAUGAGAUCCACCGGUCCAAGAUUUCAAAUGACAUGAUCACGGCCAUCACCGGGCAUAAGAAGCAUCAGAUGGAGUUUGUGUCGGAGAGCUACGGUGGACCACCAUCCAAGAGCAAGUUGGAAGGCAAAGCUCAGACUCGUCCAGAUGACGAGAAUAAGCAGGAUUUUGGCUUGAAUAGUCGUUCUGAUGUUCGGUAUGAGAGUCCCAAUAAUUCUUUUUCUGACUCAAAGACGCUGGAUGAUAUGAGCUUUAUUUAG